AUUCUUCACCUUUAAUUUCUAACUCUAUCAUCGUACUUUUUUUCUAAGUUAUCAAUAAUUUUUUUCCGUUAUCGACAACAGUGUCUCUCCACGAACCAAUUCCCGCUUCUCCAGGAUUGUGUCUUCUUAGCAUUUACACCAAACAUGGUUUUCUGAGCGGAGUAGUGAAUACUCACUCACACCUGAAUUUGUGGUGGUUCAGAACCCAAGCAGAAAAGGUUUUACAGAAGAAAAGAAACAUGGAAGGUGGUUUUUUUCCACCUUGGAAAAAUGGGUCAUGGCUGGAGUUAGCUUCAGAGGAUGUGAAGGAGAGUGAGCAGUUCAAACUGGUGUCAUCCUUGCCACCGUUGGCUGAGCCACCGACACCGCGUGAACCCAUGGAGUUCUUGUCCAGGUCAUGGAGUCUCUCUGCAUCGGAAAUCUCAAAGGCUCUCUCUGAGAAACAAAAGCAAACUUUUCUCGACACGGGCCCCGACACAUUGCAAGAACCUAUCUCUGCUCCUCAAUUAGCAGGAGGGAAAAUGAUGGUUUCUGGAAACUGUCGAAGGAUGGGUGCGAUUGGGAAGUGGUUACAUCAGAAGCAGUAUGGGAGCACGAACGUUUCCGUUAAGAAGAAAGAUCGGGCGCGUGCGGAGAACGCGCGUCUGCACUCGGCGCUGUCCAUUGCGGGGUUGGCCUCUGCGGUGGCAGCGGUGGCCGCAACAGAGGACCCUCGCGGUGGCUGUCGUUCUAAAUUAGACAUCGCUCUCGCUUCCGCCACGCAACUCUUGGCGUCUUAUUGCGUUGAGAUGGCGGAGUUAGCCGGCGCCGAUCGGGAGCGUGUGGCCGCCACCGUCAGGUCCGCGGUGGAUAUUCAGACCCCCGGUGAUCUAAUGACUCUCACGGCUGCAGCUGCAACAGCUUUGCGAGGAGAAGCAGCUCUUACAGCUAGAUUGCCAAAAGAAGCAAAGAAGAAUGCGUCAAUAAGUCCGUACGAUAGAGUGAUAGCGGAAACGCAUUGGUUUCGUGCGUUUGACGGUCAGAUGCUGGAACGUCAUCCACCAUGUCUGGGUGAUUUGUUGCAGCUCACAGAAAAAGGGACUUUACGAUGGAGACAUGUCCAUGUUUAUAUCAAGAAAUGCCAGGUCAAAAUUAAGAUCAAAAGUAAGCACGUUGGAGGAGCCUUCUCCAAAAAGAAUAAAUGUGUGGUCUAUGGAGUGUGUGAUAAAGAUAAUGCAUGGCCAUAUAGAAAAGAAAGGGAAGCAUCGGAAGAGCUAUAUUUUGGACUGAAAACCGCACAAGGUCUUCUAGAAUUUAAGUGCCAGAACAAACUACAUAAGCAAAAAUGGGUUGAUGGGAUAGAGAUGUUACUUCGUAGGGUCAACUCUGUUGAAGCAACAGAGCAUUCUCUAGAAUUUUUAAGUAUUAGUAGCAGUACAUGAUUUGUUUGAAUUGUAUAUUCCUCUAGGAUCUAGAAAGAGUGAACAAAAAAAUUUUGUCAAAAAAAUUCUACCUCUACAAGCCUACGAUAUUACAGAAGCAAAGAAGCAUCACUGUUAUGUGCAGGGGUUGCAUGUGACCAUCCUUGUUAAUAGCAAUACCAAAUUGAUAAGUGUUAAAACCCUGUUUAAGAUAUAAAAACUACUACCUCCGACAA